GCAGAUACUUCAUCCAUUGACAGAGCAGUAGUAAAGUAGAGCUGCCUUCCAUCAAACCACGCCUCCGGGAACAGCCAGGCUGCUGCCCCCUUCUUUCCUCUCCCAAGCUUUGAGUGUCCCAGAGCCGGAGAUGUAUGAAACUUCAGCCCAGUGGGAACUGAGAACAGGCAUUAGCUCAUCAGCGUCACCCUGAGAGCUCUGGGCUGGACGAGGAGCUGGUGGAUAAAAACAAAUAACGGAAGAACUAACAAACUGGGGGAAUUUGUCAGAGGACUGUGGAAGCAUCGGAAGAAGAUACUGUGGAGAUAAAAUGAUGACACGGUGGUUCCCGUGUGCAUGUCUGCUCUUCUUUUUCCACUUGGCAUCUACAGGUCCGAUCCCCGAAGCUCCAUGUCGGCUGUCACCUGUUACAGAAUCUCACCCUGUCCAAGCCUUGCUGGAAAGCUACACUGUUUUAUCUGGCUGCGCAAGCAAAGGAACAAUAAGUUAUCCCCAAGAGGUCCAUAUCAUAAAUCUGAAAUGUGUAGAGGAAGACCCCUGUCAAAGUGAAAAAGAGGUCACGUUGCAUUUGACCCCGAUCCCAACAAUCCCAGUUCAUCAGAAACCUCUGGUGUUCAUCUUAAACUCCCCACAGCCUGUGACGUGGGAGCUGAAGACUGAGAGGCUAGCAGCAAAUGUUCCAAGAUUCUUCUUUAUAUCACAAGGCUCAACUCUCCAAUAUGAAGCAGGUAACGUCUCACUGUCUGCGCAUUCAGAAGAAAGACCCCUUCCCCCUGGAAAUGAGCACCUGUUACAGUGGACCCAGAAGAGCUAUGGGGCUGUAACAUCCUUCACAGAAGUCAAAAUGACCAAAAGAAUAGACAUCAAAGUGGGAGAAGAUGAAAGGUUUCCUGUCACAUGCAAAAUAGAAAAGAACUUUAUAUCACUGAAUUAUCUUGCUCGCUAUGUGCAACCUCAACCUGCUGAGGGCUGUAUUAUAAGGCCGAGUGACGAUACAAUGGUCCACAUCAUUGAGCUGGAUUCUCCAAACCUCUCAUCACAUAGUUCAUUCCAGGUGGACAUAAUCAUUGACAUCAGGCCACUCGAACCAGAUGCCAAACUUUCCAAGUGUCUCAUUCUUAUUCUGAAAUGUGAAAAGGCAGUCAACUGGGUUAUCAAGACGCACAAUAUUGCAGGCAACAUAAAAGUCCUGACUCCAAACAGUGUCAGCUUUGACAAAGAUACAGAAAAAUCUCUGUUAACAAGCAAACGGGUGAUCCCAAACAUUCCAUCAACGCAGGAGGGUUUAAUCAAGUGGGCCUCUGAUGAAAAUUACCCAGCCAAUUCCUACACUCAUGCAUCAGUGGCAAACAAGUUCCACAUUAAACUCGUUGAUGACAUAGAGAUGAACGAUGAAGACAAGUCGGCAAUUCCCCCUGAAUGGUUAGACUUUCUGCGUCCGAGUGAUACAGAAGGAAUAGAAGAGUAUGAUCAUACAUCAGAACAUUUUCUGCAUGGAGAUAUAGAAGGUCUAGAUGAGAGAGCCUUGCUGAAAGAACCAGAGGAAGCACAGGGGAAUAUUAAUGUUGCCUUGUCUGUUAAAUGCAAUGAGACUAAGAUGGUGGCAGCUGUACAAAAAGAAAGCCUACAGGCCAAUGGAUACAUAGGGGCAGAGCUUUCUCUACUCGAUCCAGUAUGCAGAGCACAGGAAAAUGACACUCAUUUUAUCUUAGAGUCUUCCCUGGAGGGAUGUCGAACACAGCACACCAUUGAUGGCUCAAGUAUUGUUUACUUUAAUAAUAUUGUUGUACAGCUAUCACCACCCACUGAGGGAAGUGGCUGGCCUAGUGAUUACGAGGAUUUGGAAUCUGGCGAUAGCGGGUUUACAGGAGGCACGGAUGAAACUGAAAUAGGUCUUCCGUACUUGAAGCGUCAUGAAAUUGCUGUGUUUAACUGUACAAUCCCUCAGGACACUGCUCCCCCCUUUGAUCUCAUCUUUGCUCAUCCAGACACCAUAAUAAACAAUGUUACAUUUAACAUGGAGCUUUAUAAAACGGAUCUGUUCCUUACACCGCCUGAAAACUAUUAUUCAGUGGCUGAAAAUGGGCAGGUUUAUGUGGAGGUUUCAUUAACCAAGGCCGAAAAGGACCUGAGCUUCAUGAUCCAGACUUGUUUUGUUUCGAAUUCCUCCAAUUCUGACAUGCUAAGCGAAUAUACAAUCAUAGAGAACAUCUGUCCUAAAGAUGACUCCAUCAAGUUCUACAAUGUAAAGAAACUGAACUACCCCAAGUCACAAGAACAAACAGAGAAGAAACGGUUCAGCUUUAUGUUUAAAUCUAUGUUUAACACAUCUCUGCUCUUCCUGCAUUGUGAGUUGACCUUGUGCACCAAUAAAGAUGGAGAGAUGGACAGCCUACCCAAGUGCAUUAUUCCUGAGGAAGCAUGUACAUCUCUUGACAGCAGCAUGAUACUAAUGAUGAUGGACAAUAAGAAGUCAUUCACAAAGCAACUAGCAGUGAUCACAAUGGAGAAAACUUCAGGAAUAAACCAAAAAGGACCUCCUGAUGACUCGGUUUUCUAUGGGCUGGACACCCCAACGGUUGUCGGAAUUGCCUUUGCAGCGUUUAUAAUCGGUGCCUUAUUAACAGGAGCCUUAUGGUACAUCUAUUCUCACACAGGUGACACAGCAGGAAGACAGCAGGUCCCCACAACCCCACCAGCUUCGGAAAACAGCAGUGCGGCUCAUAGCAUUGGCAGUACACAAAGCACCCCCUGUUCCAGCAACAGCACUGCCUAACCCAAACCAUGGCACAAGAGGAGCGAAGAUCAGCUAC